AUGGCUUGUCCAUUAGACGUUAGCUCUUCGCGCCGUAAGAGCAGAAAGGCUCACUUCACUGCUCCUUCUGAUGUUCGCCGCAAGAUCAUGAGCUCGGCCCUUUCCAAGGAGCUCCGUGAAAAGUACAACACCCGCUCCAUCCCCGUUCGCAAGGAUGACGAAGUCUUGGUCGUUCGCGGCAGCUUGAAGGGUCGCGAGGGCAAGGUUGUGCAGGUGUACCGUAAGAAGUGGGUCAUCCACAUUGACCGUGUCAACCGCGAGAAGGUCAAUGGUGCCUCCGUCCCCAUCGGUGUCCACCCCUCGAACGUUGUCGUCACCAAGGUCAAGAUCGACAAGAGCCGUCAGGCUAUCUUGGACCGCAAGGACCGCUCCAAGUCUAAGGCUGAGGCUAUGCAACAGGUUAGUUUAAAGAAAGCUGUUUUUCGAUUAUGA